UCAAAACAUAAUGGAGUCCCAUAAUUUAUGUUUGCCAACAUAAACUUUUUUUUUUUUUUUUUUUAUGUAAUCAAUUCUUGUGAGUUUAUAUUGUCACAAACUGCAAAGGGAUCCACUUUCCCAUUUGCUCUCCAUCUGCCAGAGAGCUUACCUUGCUGUUGAUGUAAUUUCACAUAGAUCCUUGCUUCGGCACUGCCAAAUGGGCAUGUAGCUAAUGCAGAAUAAUUUAUUACCUUUUGGGGAAUUAUGCAGAUACUCAGAUGCUGAAUGUACAAAAAUAAUUCUGCACCCAAAUGUUAAUGCUUGCUACCCCAAAAGGAUAUAAGGCUUUGACAAUGGUCAAUACCCUGAAAAUACAAGCUAGGUUCAGGGAACCGUAAAAUAAAUUUCCGAACGGUCCUUUGGCAGAUACUUAUAAAAAGCAAACCAAAAACAAAAAAUCUUUUGUGUUUAUCUAUUUAGCAUAUUGAUUUGCUUCAAAGAUUCCUUGCACCGUUCAUGCUUAGUAACAGGGCUAUAAACACCAUUUAUAGCCCUCAAAAUUGUCUUGUGUCAUCGUGAGUCUGCACUACCCUCCCAUUCUCAGCAACAGACAUUGUGCUUGGGAAAGAGGCUCCAGACUGACUUUGUGCUCUUGUUCUCAGCACAGCCUCCUGGUUUUUCCCAGUCUUUCUCCCCAUUGUAGGAACCUGGAGCAUUGCUAGCACAACUUGGCCAGAAAGAGGUUUCCAGAGCAACUUUUUAACUACUGCCUAUGGUUGUCAAAAACAUGUUUUACAAAGUAUUCCUGAAUUUGUGCUAUUAGAGCUUACACUUCCACAAAGCUUUGCUGCAAGGAAACUGCUAACUCUUUUGAUGAAACAAAGUACAGCGAGAUUUAAUGCAUUUGUUAGGGAUAAUUCAUUUAAGUUUAAACUUUCCAAAUGUUUUGGGGGUACGGGUAAUACAAGAGGAAUGUUACUGGGAGUACUAUUAAUUUGGUCCUUUUUACCUGUUUCUGUGAUGUUUGCAAGGAACUGUGGGGUGAAGUCAAUCCCUUUCUGGUCAAAUAAUUUGAUGGCAAAUUGAUGGCAGUCAAUUUCAUACCUUUUCAUACUUUUCUGCUUGUCACGCAGACAGCUCUUGUAGUAGAGCAUGGUGCUUUGCCAUUGAUGGUCACUGCACAGUCUAUAUGUUUUUCCUGAUAUUUUUGGUCAUUUGUUAUUGAAAAACAUCACCAGAAAAUCAUUAAAACAAUACCUGAAUAUAUCCCCUUGUAGAUAUUGGAAAAUGUAAAUGUAAAAGGACGUCCACUGAAGCUUAUUAACACCUGGGGAGGAACUGUUAGUUUCAAUGAACUUUAAAUCAAGCUCUAUUGUAAGUAGCUCAGUAAGAUUCUGUGCUCAUUUAAGUCAACUGUAAUGGCUGAUGCCUUCAAUGAGUUUCACCUGAUCAACUGGUGUUGCAGAUUACUUCAUUGUACGUGUUUUGCUGAAGACAAUUACUGAGGAUGAUUUCUUCUUCCUCAGUCUACAAGCAUUUCCUCAGGUUAGAGAGAAUAUUUUUGUAUUUUGUUUUGAAAAUGGUUUUGUUUACAGUGCUCUACGAAGUGCUACCUGUGUUACAGGUGUUGCUUACAGAGAUGAAGAGUUUUCACUCUAGGUCAAGAAAGAGCUAACGAGAAAAUUGGCAGAAGCUAGUUGGCAUGUGCAUAAGAUCUGUUGUUUAAACGAAAAGUCUUCUAAAGGAAAGGGAAAGCCUGAGAGUCAAGAAUAUGAAUCAGAUCAAAUGAUAUCUUUAAAGAGAAAAGAAUGCACUAUACCAGCCUUUAUGAUUCUCCAGCGCUUUGUCUAUGGUGCAUUCAGUAUCUGUUUCAAACACAAGUAGCCCAGCAGAAAAAUGUAACAUGCUAUAAUUUCUACAUGCCAAUAAAAGCGUGUGGUACAAGAAUCCAUUUCAUCAUGGAGAGAAACCGUGAAGUGAGGAGCCUGGCUCAUCCCUCAGAUAGCGUGGAACUGACCUACAGAACAGAUGUUAAGCAGUACACCUCAGGACACUUAAAUCAUAACAAGCUUUAUAAGCCUUCAAAGCAAACUAGUUUCGUCACAGAAAGAAAUCAAUUCCUGGUUGAACAUGAGAGAACAAGGAAGAUGAAAAAUUGUUCUGGCAACUUUUGUUCCAGCAUUCCUCUGCUUCCAGCACAGGCUGAAUCUUCCUUCCCCAACGACAGACAUCCACAGUCACCUGUGAUCAGCAUUGGUGCCUCAGUAGAUGCAAAUUCUAAUGCACCAGAAAUAUUAAAGUUGAAAGCACUGAAAAAGAAAGCAGAGGAGGGAACUGACAGAUUCCAUAUGCGUCUGAAAAGUGAGGAGUUAGAUAUGUCAGAGAUUAUGGUGCUGAAAAACAAACCAGUUAAGAACAGCCGACAGUGUGCUGUUGAGCUUGCCAAAGAAGAAUACCAGUUCAUACCUUCAUAUUUGGCUGGUGUAACUAAAACUGAUCAGUUUAACAAGUUCCUACAGUUCCAGAAGGAGUUCAUAGCAAAGCAUGAAUUGUUACAGAAUGACUUAACAGGAAAAAAAGUAUCAGAACAGCAUGAAAGGAAGCUGGCUAAGGAGCUUCAGAAAAUCUGUGGCUAUGAUCCCCUCAAUUUCAAGCGACUACAGGUUGUUGAGGAAGUUUUUGAAGAUAUAUGCAACAGUUCUCUGAUAUUUGGUGAUAUUCUCAAGGAAAUUAAGAGUGAGUAUGAGCUGUACAUAAUGAUGCUUCUGGACUCUCUGCCUAUGGCACAAUACAAGGCUCUAAAGGCUCAGGUCAAAGGGAUGGAAACAAUGUCCUCAAAGGCUUCAGAAAUACAGUCUGUCAGAAAAUACCUGAAGGCUCUCAUGAAAAAAGUCAGUACUGCCCUGGAAAGAAGCAAAGAAUUGAAGGAUGAAUUGAAGAUCGCGCUACAGACAAGCCAGACUUCAGAGGAUAAAACAGAAACCUGCAGACAACAGGAUACAAAGGGAGCACAAAAACCUCUUUCUGUUUCUGAACAGCAUGAAUCUAUGAGGUGUAAAAUUCUCAGUAAAUGGGAGGAAAUGAAAAUACUAGAGACCAAGAAGAAAGAAACAAUGGUUUAUGCUGGGAUAACAGAUAAUAUGGAAAACACCCUUAAAGAAAUAGAGGCUGAAACUAUGAAAAUCAAUGUAUCAAACAUGUUUCUCCAAGGCCAAAUAAAAGAAGUUGAAGGACAUAUCACAGGAAUUUUAGGUAAACUGAGAAUCACUCAGGAAAAUCAAAGGAAGAUAUGGGAACUGAUAGAGAAAGUCUUGUUACGUGAAGAUGAAGACAAGAGUUUCUGAGAAUCCAGAAGAAAAGUAAUGAAGUAAAGGAAGAUAAAUGCUUGCCCGUCCAAAAGGACUCUUAACAUCCUGAAGUUGUACAAGUGGAAACCCAGGCAUGAAAAAUGUACUGUUGGACCUUAGAAUACAAUAUUAAAACACAACUUCAAGACUGGAAACAUUAUUCCUUUUUUUUUUUUUUUUUUUUUUUUUGCAUAUGUUAUUAUUGAUUGCUAUACUGUCUGCAUAACAAGCUAUACGAUAUAUGUCCAUAUAUCCAUAUAUAUUGGUAUAUUUCCAUAUAAGAAAAUGGUAUAUUUCCAUAUACCAUUUUAAGAAAACGUCUAGUGCUAAUAAUUGUUUAAUUAGCUAGCUGUGUUUUUCUGUGAAGCUUUCACUAGACACUUCCCUCAUUCUGUCAUAAAUUCUCUAAAUAGAGGAACUACUUCUAGAGGAAUAUCAGGUAUUAAACUCCCAGGACAAAACUCACAGUGGAAAGUUAUUUAAGUAAACUGAAGUUGCAUCUUCUAAAUAAGACAUGAAAGCUAGUCUUGAACUAGGCCUUGAAUUAUGGUGCCAAGUACUGGAACAUGAGCAUUAGUUCUGUCAGCCUCUUCAGGAUUUGUAAAUUUUGCCUUUCAUUUUAUGAAAUUUGUCUAUGGCUGCAAAAAUUUUGUGAAAACACAAUUCAGGUUCAGAUCAGGUAGGCACUUGCCUGAUUUCACAGAAAGUCUGAGAGAACAAGUCAAAGAAAAGAAAUAGUCCCUUUCUAUUGGAAGGGAAGUUAUAAAUACCAGUAAUUCAACUUAUGCUAUGAGGAUUGUUCUGUUUAUCUUGAUGAAUGAAUGUGAAGAAAAGGCAGGUAGGAGAAAAAUUACACUUUUUUUUUUUUUUAAUUGAAUCCAUGCUAAAGAAACAUCUUUAGGUCCAUGCAGGAUAAAUGACAAUGGAUUAUUAUUAUUAAUUAAAAAAAAAAAUAGAAAGGGCUCAUGAGAAUAAUCACACAGCAUCAAGCAAGAGAAGUCCAGACAUACUAGUGACAAGACUCAUAGACACAGGGAUCUUGGUAUUUCUUCAAGCCUUUUAUUAUUUGAGAAAAUUUAAUGGCUAUUUCAAUUACUUUUUUUUUUUUUUUUUUUAAUAAGGUGGUUUCAUCAGAUUUCAUGAAUAGGUUGUCACUGUAGUAAGUGACUUUGCAAGGUGUCAGGUUGGAGAAGUUACUUCUUAGAGCUGACUUGUUAGGUGAUUUUUUGUUUGUUUGUUUUUUCCUUUCUUUAGUUGCAGAUCCAUAAAAACCUGUAGCUGCCAGAACUAAGAAAAUAAAAAAAAAUAUUCUGCUUCCUUCUGUCUCAAGCUGCUAAGACUAGAUACACACGAAGUCCGAUUCUGUAGUAGUCACAUUGUACUCUUAUGGGAUAUGCCGUUGAGGCAUUAAUGUCCCUGUCUUUAACACAUGGACAUCUCACAGAAGGAUUCCAGCUUGUCCUAGGAGUUGUAUUUCAAAAUACGCUAUUUCUUCUUGUGUUUAUUUUUGACAUGUAGAUCCUUUAUUCUGUCCCCUGAGGAAGAACACAAGAAAAGGAAUGAUUAGGAGAAUAUCCCGCCCAGCAUUUUCUCCCACCUUUUAGUGAACUACUUUUUGUUUGAAACUGCGUUCUUUUGCCAUCCAUGUUAGAGAGCAACUAAACAAGCCACGAUGAAAAAGGAAUAGAGAAAGAUAAUUAUACUAUCUUCACGGUUUGCCACUCAAGAUUUCAGUUGACUGUGGAAACCUGCCAUGGAAUGAUAUUGUCACCAAGAAGUGUGAGAAGGAUAGAAAUUUCUACAGGUAACAAGAGUAGUCAGAAUUAUAACAAUUCAUGUUUAAAACAGAAAGAAAGUUGGAAGUAAGCCAGAAUCUAAUCUAUCUAUCUAAUCUAUUGAGUAGAAAGGGGACUUCAUAUAGCAACAUAUGGUGCCUCUCACUGCUGGAGACAGAGUUCUGUGGAAAAUGCUUCCUGAAUUUGGGUCCAUGGUGCCAAUUCCCAUGUCCUUAUUUUAGAGAUGGAAAAUUGGGAGCAGCUGUGAUUUCCCAGGAAUAUACUUUAGGAUGGUAAAGUAAAAUACAGUAACCACAAAACCCCAGAUUCCAUAUUUUAUCUCUUUUUUCUCUCUCUCCCUGUGGUUUGGAGCCUUGCUGAUCAUUUCAAUAAAGUCACAGCAGGGGAAAGGAUAGAAAUGUGAUUUGAACUUUCUUUUGGUAAAAAUGUAUGCAUUAGUCUCUCAGUAUAAAACUGCCAUUAACCCAGAAAUGUUCUAUAUUAGCAUAUGAGUAAUUAUUGAUAUUUUGUGAACUAGAAUGUGCAUGUUGGAAUCACUAAUUAUUACAGCAAAUUUUUAAUAAUUCUUGUAACCCUCAAUUUCUCUUUAUUGCAUUUAUGAAAUAAAUAUAGGGGCUCCCA